AAUCCAGUUUCUAAGGCUGAAGGACUACAUUUCCCAUGUUUUAAGGUAAACGUCAUAUCCAAUCAUCAGUAAGGAGGAACCUCACCAGUUACACUUCCUGGAAUAGGGAGGAGCUGGUACUUAUUAUCGUGGGUAUAAAGAAAUCUCUGCACUUUGGUUUGAUUAAGCCUCAUCGUUGCUGACCAGGAUGAUUGACGUUCGGGCAUGGGCAGAGUAUGUGGUGGAGUGGGCUGCCAAAGACCCCUACGGUUUCCUCACCACUGUCAUACUGGCUCUCACACCUCUCUUCAUUGCCAGCGCACUGCUGUCCUGGAAACUGGCCAAGAUGAUCGAGGCACGUGACCGGGAACAGAAGAAAAAGCAGAAACGUCAGGAAAACAUAGCCAAGGCCAAGAGGACCAAGAAAGACUGAGCCUGUGGAGGGUAGAAUGAGGGCAUAAAAAAAAAAGGAGGAGCAACCACCACGCUCACAGCCCUCCUUAUUCCAAGUAAUGACACAGUGCCCUUCCUUGUCCCAGCCCUACUGUCAGCACAGGGCCACUAUGCCUCAUGUCCGGGAUAGGAGGAGGCACUGGCCCUACAGGCCUAACAGUGCUGAGACAGACAGUACUGCCCGGAGGAGGCUCGUCCCAGUGGGACUUUGGUCAGCAAGAGCACAGUGGUCAUCUGUAUGAUAUAUUUUUUUUUUUUACAGAGGUCCGCUGAUAAUAUUGUGCAGCUGUUGCAACACCUUGCAUUCCAUUGUUAGCAUCCAUGUUCUGCUGAAUUGACGAUGUAAUAAGCAUACUGGAACUUUUUCCAAGUCACUUGCAAAAUAUCCAAAAUACUACUUUCUAAUCAAUAAAGUUUUCAUGGUUGAUAAGAAAAACUGA